CCCAUACACACGCAGGUAAGUCCGCGAGUAAAUACGCACAGUUAAGCUCUCGAGCAAAACUGAACGCGAGUUUUCGCCAUACAUUAUUCACUUCAGAUUCUCAGUUUUAAUGGAAUUGUUUAGAAGAAGAUUUAAUGUGGUAGUGUGGUUUACUUGUUAUACAUAAAUAUUCUCAUAUGAUGACUUCUGAAGAAUCAAUAUUAAUUGCAAUUGGUCUUUUGCUUAUUACUAUCAAAAACAAACAAAAUAUGAAAAAGAUAUCAAAACGUACUAAGUGGACAAAAGCAUGGCUUUCCAAACGUGACAAAUUUUCCCAUGUUAAUUUAUUGACUGAAUUAAAACUGCAGCCCGACGACUAUAGAAAUUAUUUAAGAAUGGACGAAGAAAGUUAUCUUGAAUUAUUAAAUUUAGUAACACCUCUUAUCAAACAUUAGGACACAAGAAUGAGAAGAGCGAUAACACCUCAUGAGAGAUUGAGUGCCACUCUCAGGUUUUUAGCCACAGGAAGAAGUUAUGAGGAUCUGAAGUUCACAACAAUAAUAUCAGCACAAGCAUUGGGACGGAUAAUUCCUGAAACAUGCAAAGCAAUUUGUAUUGUUUUAAAAGACUAUGUAAAGAUUUUUUGAAACCGUUUGCCCAACGAGAUCUCUCAACACCUAAAAAAAUAUUCAAUUAUCGUCUUUCGCGUGCAAGGAACGUUGUUGAAAAUGCGUUUGGCAUUUUAGCUAGUAGAUUCAGAAUUUAUCACACAGAAAUAAACAUGCAAAUAAAAAAUAUCGAAUCCGUUGUAUUAGCAACCUGCGCGCUUCAUAAUUUUCUUAGACAAAAAAGCAAAGAUUAUUUGGGAUUCAAUUACACUGAUAUUGAAGAUGCUUUCAUUUAUGAAGAAGAACAUGGAUUUACAAAUUUAAAACGAGGACAAAAUAGGCAUGCUUCGGACCAAGGCAAAGAAGUUAGGAACGCAUUUUUGGAAUAUUUUAUAACUGAUGGAAAAGUUUCGUGGCAAGAAAAUGCUAUAAAAUAAACAUAAAUAUUCCCUUUUUAUAAAAUUAAUCCUACUUUGUCAAGUGUGUAAACUUUUUGAACUGAAUUAAAAUAUAAAAAAUGUUUCUUAAAAAUGUUGGUGCAACCCAUCCAGAAUAUUGUACUGAUAGUACUUUUGCUUAUAGCUUACUAUUUUUUUUAUUAAAUCAAAGAGUAAUGAAUAAAUUGGUUUAUUUUUUAAAAACUUACAAAAACACUCCUUUUAUUUAUGUAAUGUAACAUAUUGUGUAACAAAAAAUGUUUAAUAAUAACAAAUAAACAGAAGUACUAAACCUUUAA